AUGUCCGCCGAUAAUUCCGAUGUUCGAAUUGGCUCGCGGUAUUCGUGCUUGCAGUGCCGUGAAGCGAAACGGAAAUGCGACCGUAUUACACCAGAGUGCACAUUAUGUUUACAAAAAAACACCUCUUGCGCAUAUCCAGAGCGGAGAAAACGCAGACAAGUCCGCCCAAAGCAUGCGGAUGUUCCAGCGCUCAACUCACCACAGCAGCCAUGGCCAUCUCUCAACACGCCAAGCCCAUCGCAAGCCAGCACUCUGAGCAGAGAGGCCAUUGAGCCGCCAGCAGUGCAGAAACAGCAACACCACUUGGCCGCAGAGUAUUUUCUGGAUCCUGAAGUGUUUCAACAUGCGCAACUGCAACUUCCCGCCUUGCAAAUCGACUCUCUGUUGACGGACGAGGUCACUGCCGCUGUCGGCAGCGUUGCGGACAUUCGGACGACGGCGCAGAAUCAUUUCUCCACUGUGCACGUCUGGAUGCCGAUAGUGUCCAAGAUUCAGUUUUACAAAUUGUUGCUCGACCGGCUGACAUACCACCGCGCCGAAUUACAUUUGUUGCUGCUGGCCAUGAUUCUUAGUGGCGAUGUCGUGACCAAGACGGCCCGAACCGAGCUAUACGACUUGACGAAGCGUUUCCACUUCUCCAUCACAGGCUCUGGCGUCUUUUCGCUUCUCGUUCUUCAAGCCAGUGUUUUCAUCGCCUGUUACGAACUGGGGCAUGGCAUUUACCCAGCUGCCUUCAUGUCCAUCUCGUCCUGCGCGCGGUACGCCGUGGCUCUUGGCGUUGACAGCUCCAUCAGCGAACAUGCGGAUCCCAAAAUCCAAUCGCUCGACUUGGAGGAGUGUCGCCGAGUGUGGUGGGCUAUUCUUGCCAUAGACAGGUUCAUGAACUUGCCCGAUCCCAAACGCCAGCUGGUGACGCCGGACCCCGUCACAUCCAAUUAUCUUCCCAUUGACGAUACAAUUUGGGAUAAUGGGACGAAUGGGGCGGAGGGUGCAUGCACUCUUGGCUCCGCCAAUUCUUUAGAAAUGGGGCGCUUCGCCCGACUUGCGCAAGCAGCUCACUUGUUGAGCUUGGUUAUUCAAGAUGUCGCAGAGGGCUCUCACGACUCGUCACAGCUUCGCCGCACCAUAUUUGCCUUGGUUCACGUGUCUCGUCUCGAGGCUCGUGUGCGCCGACUUGAACUCUGCACUCAAAUGUCGACUUGCUUCAGAUCACCGUGA